AAAAAGGACAAUUACAAACUGACGUCUUGUAGAUUGUGUUGUGUGUACAAUUUACAGUACUUAAUUAAAUUUUGCUAAACUACGUUUUAUUUGGGCUUAAUAUGUUAAUUUUUAAAUGUGCGCUAAUAGUAUUAUGUACAUCCUAUAUUUUAUCUCUUUGUUCUGAGGUGGUUAAAGAAACGAUUUUUUUCAACACUGGCCUUGCAUUCAUGUACAUUGCCAGCGGAGCAUUAGCUGGCAAAAUCAUCUAUGACAGAUACCAGCAGGUUCAUGUCCUUGGCUCUUUAACCCCAAAUCCAAAUGUGACAUUGUUUGCAAAUAGGAUAGCUUCCUUCUCAGCCACAUUCCUGUCAUUGGGCUUCCUGGUUUACUUCUUUUUGUUCUUAUUUAAGGUGGAUGAACAAUGCCUGCGAGCGCUAAACAUAUUUAUAUGUGGGUUUGGAACUUUGUACAUAUGGGUGCAGUGCAUCAUAACUACAUAUAUUUGUACACUAUUCUAUGAUAAAAGAUUGACAGUGCUUAGGCAAUGCCUUGCGAAUGUGAGCUUCCUUGUUCUAGUUGUAAUGGCAGUUUUUGGAGCCGUAUCUACAUUUUUGCCUGAAGGUGGUGUUUCCAGUGGAAUUCAUAUCUGCCACGUCGUCAGUUCCCUUUGCAGUUAUAUAUUGAUGGCGAUAUUCUGUAUAUUUAUACUGUCCUUCGAAAAAGAUUAUGAAUAUUUUUCUGAGGGACUGCGAUCAGAAUUAUUACUCGAUGACGCUUGUUCUUUGAACAAUACAACACUAUCCGACGGUGAUAGCAUAUUCGGACCACAAGAGCUUAUCUCUAAUGCGAUAAUUAUAAAGGGGAGCAUCGCUUGCGGUAAAGUCUCCUGACCCGAGGCCGUGCCCUCCCC